AUGUCAAUUUAUACAAAUAUUGUUACAUCAAAUAUCACUGUUAUUGGUACGAAUUCGAUUUCUUUUACUGUUUAUCAAUCAACAUUUAUAUUUAUAUUUCGAGAAUGUUUAAUAGUCAUAGAUAAAACAGAUACACCACAAGAUUUAAGUACUGUUUUCAUUAAUGGAGAAAGUAUUGGUACUAGUGGACAAACAAUAUUUAAUGAAGUACUCAUUGAUGAUAAUCGUUUUUAGUAAGUUAAUCAAUUAUUAUGACGAAAUCAUUAAUCUUUGUUUAUAUAAAAUUAGAAAUGCAUUUAAAUGUCUUGGCUAUCAAAAUAAAACACUUUUAACAAAUUCUAUUUCGGGUUCUAUUGUAUUAUCAUUAAGUUUUAUUAAAUUCACUUGGUUAUAAAAAUGCAUUGAUAUGUUUCAAAUACUAUAUAAAAACAAACAAAUCAUCUGACAUUUUUUUCUUUUCUUUUCUUUUCUAUAUUUAUUAUGAUGAAUUCAUCAAAAGUCGGGUCGCAUUCACUUUGCCGACAAUCACUUUCCCGACGACUUGUUUCGCCGAUUAUUCUUUUUCCCAACAAACUUUGUUCAUAUCUUAGCCUACUAAAUCUAGUAAUUUCCAGGGUACACCGGGAGGAGGUGUAUGAACUAGUAUCUCGUGAACAAAGGACAAACAUACAGAUAGACAAGGACAACAAACACGAAUAAUUACGACAUAAAAUCUAAUUUUUUUAUAUUUUACAAAAUUUUUUCUUUUUUUGGGUUUUUUAUAAAUUUUCUUCUUUUUUUAGAUUUUUUAAAAUUUUUGUUAAUAAAAAUUACAAAUAUUUACAAUGAAAGAUUAUGAGCAAUGCCCCGAAGAAAAUCGAUAGUU